CGGGUAACCUGCUAGUAUUAUCUAGUAGUAGGUAGAGUGGAUAGGUAAAAUUAUAAUCAGUUUGAAGCUUAGAGCUAGAGCUUUCACAAGUUUAUCCUAGGAUAAAACAUGUUUAGCCAAGAAAGAAAAAAACGAAGGUUGAACUGUUGAUCAAGAUUGGAUGCAUUCAGUUGACAUAUAUUCAAUGACAUGGGAAAGUAGUUGGAGAAGAAUGUCAGGUGAAGAACAUGUUUCAAGCUAUUUGUACCACAGAUAUGUCUAUGACCAGGCUAGCUUCUUGCAUGACUAAACACCCAGAGUACUUACUAAAUUAGGAAGUUUUUGUGUUACCAAAAGUGUAUAAAUGAGAGAAGAAGUUUACUGCAACUCUUUGUACUUGACAUCCAAGAAAGCUCCAGUUCCUAUGGGAAUAUGUACUAUUGCUAGGUACAAAGUACAAACUUUCUAUGUGGCAGAGUCCAGUAUGCUUUUGCAAGAGGAGGCCAAACACUUAACAAUCAAAAGCUCCCGGGUCCCCUAUACACAAACUCUUGAGCUUAAUCACUAGCAAAACUGGAAACUGAGAUAUAAACUUAUGUCACCUCCAAUUGGGUAUUGUCGGCUAAACGAACUACUGAAAUCUGAUGAAAAAAAUACUUGUUAAUGCUCUGAUUUCCAAGAAUUUCAGUUGAAGGAGAAACUUCAUUUGAGUUCAGUGAAGAAAUUUACAAUGGGAUUCCUGGAUCUAUUUAUUGUGGCAUUAAUGCCAAUGCUGAAAAUACUCUUAAUUACUGCUGUUGGUUUAUUUCUCGCAACAGAGCGUAUAAAUCUCUUGGGGGCAAAUGCAAGGCCAUAUUUGAAUAAUUUGGUGUUUUAUGUGUUCAAUCCAUCAAACCUUUUCAGCAAACUGGCUGAUACAAUUAGUUUAGAAAGUUUGGUAACCUUGUGGUUCAUGCCAGUGAAUGUGCUUCUGACAUUCAUCAUUGGCUCUGCCCUUGCAUGGAUACUGAUAAAAAUCACAAAAGCUCCUCAACAUCUGCAAAGUCUUAUCAUUGGUUCUUGUGCUGCAGGAAAUUUAGGAAACUUACUUCUGAUUAUACUCCCAGCAGUCUGUAAUGAGGAUAAUAGUCCAUUUGGAGAUUCUUCUGCUUGCUCUACAGAUGGAGAGGCUUAUGCUGCACUUUCAAUGGCGCUAGGUGUAGUAUUUUUAUGGACUUAUGUGUAUGCUAUCAUGCGGUUAUCUGCAAACAAGGCAACUAAAGAAAUUGACACAAAUGACUCUACAAUCCGGGAUAAAACUUCUGAGGAAACCCCAUAUUCAGAGAUUUGCACAGAAGCUCUUCUUCCUUCAAGGGGCUGCCACACCUCUGAGGAAUAUACAGAUCAAGUUGAAGUCCCUUUUUCUGGAUGUGAAGGAAAAGCAAAGGUAUCAUUUCUGGAGAAGGCUAAGCUGCACCUUAAGAAGCUCUUUGGGUACAUUGACCUCAAAAAAUUGUUUGCACCAUCUACCAUUUCAGCGAUUAUUGCGUUUACAGUUGGAAUAGUCUCUCCAAUUCGAAAGGUAGUAAUUGGUGAUGAUGCUCCUCUUCGUGCAAUCUGCAAUUCUGUGAGUUUGAUAGGGGAGGCAGCAAUACCAUGUAUGACAUUGUUAAUUGGAGCGAACCUUCUUAGAGGUCUAAAGAGAUCUGAAGUAGGUACAUCAAUCGUCCUAGGGAUUAUUGCAAUUCGGUACAUUAUAUCGCCUUUACUGGGUAUUUUUAUUGUUAAGGCUGCAAACCAUUUUGGCAUGGUGGGAUCAGAUUCAUUAUAUCAGUUUACACUUAUGCUUCAGUAUGCACUUCCACCCGCUAUGACUGUAGGUACUAUUUCUCAGUUGCUUAAGACUGGAGAGAGUGAAUGCUCUGUCAUUAUGCUAUGGACUUAUGUUGUGGCAUCAUUCUCUUUAACAAUCUGGUCAACUUUCUUCAUGUGGCUUGUUACUUAAUCUGGAUUUCCAUAAUUCAUGUAAGGACUUACCAUCAUCAUAACACCGCGUGAAACAAACCAGAAACCAAAUAUUCUUCUAAGAAGAUUAUUUGCAUAAAGAUCAAAUUACUAUGAGCAGCUUACUGUUUUUUGUAACAAUUCCCUAGAAUUGAGAGGAACUAUAUAAAACAUCAAAAUUGAAAUAUAUUGAUGAGCUUAAUCUGUAUUAGAUCUACACAAAGGGACAUAAAAGAUGAAAGAUGCCCAAUUCUGUUCCAAUUCUGAAAUUAUGAGUUCUCAUUGGCUUCUUUGCUAUUU